ACAUGGCAAUAUAUCUUUUGUUGCCUUUUUGUCACAACCAAAAAACCUCCUCUCCUCUCCUUUAUUUUAUUUUAUUUGCCUUACCAACACCACAACCAGCUAUUUCCAGCGUACACAUUUCUCUCUCUGUUAAUAUAUAUUUUUUUUUAAAAAUUCUUUUUAUUUUCUUGUAAUCAUCACAUCUCCACUAUAACUUUUGUCCGAACUCUGAGUUGGGUGGUUAAAUUUGGUGAAAAAUUUUGUGUUUUUUUUUUUUUGUUGUUUGGUUUUGUUUUUUCUCGUAGAGAAAGUGUUUGUAAGCCAAAUUAGUAGUUUCUGUUUGUGCGUCUACAACUGUGGCGAAGCUUAAGGAUUACGUUAUGGGUGAGGAGGAACCGAAGAAAGCUACUGAAACUGAAACUCCGGAUCCUGUGCCUGCAACUCCACCGUUACAGGCAACAGAUCAUGAUGAUCAGGACCAUAAGGCUGUAGAGAAGAAAGAAGAAGAGAAGGAAGAAAAGAAGGACCAAGAAAAAGAAGGAAAAGAAGAAGAGAAGAAGGAUGUUGCUGAGGAGAAGAAGAGUUUGAGCCCAGUUCCUCAAGAGAAGGCUGUUCAAAAAAUUGCAGAUCCGGUUGUUGAGAAAAAUCAAGAGGUUGACAGGGAUGCUGUGCUUGCCCAAGUUGAAACCGAGAAAAGGCUCGCCUUGAUCAAAGCGUGGGAAGAAAGUGAGAAGACAAAAUCUGAGAACAAGGCAUAUAAGAAGUUUUCCGCUGUUGGAGCAUGGGAGAACAGCAAGAGAGCUGCUGUGGAGGCGGAACUCCGGGCAAUCGAGGAAAAGUUGGAAAAGAAGAGAGCAGAAUAUACAGAGAAAAUGAAAAACAAAGUGGCUGAAGUUCACAAGCUAGCUGAAGAAAAAAGGGCAUUUGUUGAAGCAAACAAAAGAGAAGAAUGCCUUAAGGUGGAGGAGACUGCUGCCAAAUUCCGCGCUUCUGGGUUCAAACCGAAGAAAUUGCUCCGAUGCUUCGGUAGCUAAAAGCUUUAUCAAGGAAUUAGAAAAAAAAUGGAAAUAAGUUUCUAUGUUUAGUUUGCAUUUGAAUUUUAUUUUGUUUUUGUUUGCAGAAAUUUGGUGUUGAAUUCCUAGACGUUCUUUAAUGUCCUAUGAUAUGAUUUUGUUUUUGUGUAUAACUAUACUAGUUUUAUUUGUUAGUAC